AUGUGCACCGUAGCAUCGGGGCCUUCGGCGUCCAGGUCGAUGGUGAAUGGCGCGUGGCGGUCUCUGUUAAGAACAUGGAUACUUCGAACUCGUCUAGUCAUCACCAGUCAAACCAUGCUCACCCAAUAG